AUGUCAAAGGCACUCGAAGCGGCCUUGAAGGUCACCCGUCUGGCUACGGAGGCAUUCAAGGAGUCCAAGCCGCAUCUGGAAGAUCUGGAUGAAGGCGACAAGGACGCUGCACUUGAACAAAUUUAUCACGAUAUAGAGGAUACUAUAGUUCCCAGAUUUGAGCAUGUGAAGUCUCUUUAUUCGCGUAUAAAGCCCGGAAUGAUAGCCCAGUGGUCCGCCGAAGAGGUUGAUAGUAUCAGGGAAGCCCAUCUUGAGCUUUUUAGAGCAACACGUGAUUACGUCGUAACCAUGCGAGACGCAAACCCUUCGAGAGUUCGUUACCGUGUCAUCGCAGAGGGAAAUAUACGACAUGUUUAUCAUGAGAUGCAGAACCUGGCAGCAUUGGGGAGCAAUAGGGUCAGUGCAAUCCUUUUCCCACCAAACAUGGUCAAAGUGAGCACCGCAGAACAACGAAGUAAAGGAGACUGGUCGAACGAUGACGACGUUGGUGGCAACGGGGAUGACAACGGGGAUGACAACGGGGAUGACGACUGUGGUGACUACGGUGAUAAGUUGUACGUCGGUGAGAAUGCAGGGGAUAUGUGGCUCAGGUUAGCCGACGUUCUUUUCACUACUCUGAUAGCAUGGAAUGGCGGUGAAAAUUUUAUUUAG